ACAACAUAGCAUGCUUUUCCCAGACAACACCCACCAAAACAGAGCGGAGAACUUUGAAAAAGCACAGCUCAACUCCAAGUACUCUGAAAUUGGUGGGAAAUGCAAACCCUAACGCCAAUACGGCCUCGUUUUGCAAGGCUGUGGAGCUUGAAUCCUUCGUCGCUCUCUAUCAGAACCUUGAGCCCUCGAGCAUUCUCUUCUUCUUCUUCUUCAGAUUACUCCAACCAGUCCCGCGGUGGCCUCCCUCGCUUCUUCUCCGAGCUUCUCCCUACUUCCAAGGGAGGCAUAGUUCGCGUACAAGGCGAUGAGUUCUGGCACAUGACCAAAGUUUUAAGAUUGCGCACAAACGAUAGGGUAGAGCUCUUCAAUGGGAAAGGAGGUUUGAUACAAGGUUUAAUACAGAGCGUCGACCGCUCUGGACUUGAUUUUGUGGCAUUGGAAGAUCCAAAGUCAGUUCUUCCACAGAGCACACAAUGGCAUGUAUUUGCAGCUUUUGGUACUUUAAAGGGUGGCCGAGCUGAUUGGCUUGUUGAGAAAUGCACGGAGCUGGGGGCAAGUAGUUUAACUCCUCUGCUGACUGAGCGGUCUCCUACUGUCUCAGAAAAUCGACUGGACAGGUUGCAGCGUGUCAAUAUGGCAGCAGCUAAACAAUGUCAACGGCUUCAUGAAAUGAUCUUGAAUACUCCAAAGAAUAUUAAUGGUCUUUUACCUCUUGUUGCAGAGUCAAAGCUAGCUUUUUUGGGAGUUGCAGAAGGUACUCCUCUUGUUAGUGCAUUAACUUCGUCAGGAACGGAGUCCAGUGGGUUGAUUGUGGUUGGACCUGAAGGUGACUUCACUGAGAAAGAGGUGAAUGAAUUGAUGCAAGCUGGUGCUAUCUCUGUUGGUCUUGGCCCACAUCGAUUACGGGUUGAAACUGCAACUGUGGCUCUUCUGGCAACUCUCAUGUUGUGGUCUGAUUCUCAAAAAACAUGAUCUCACUCUCAAGGGUAGGUGUUUCAGCUGCUGGAGGAAUUCCCAAAAGAGUUAGUUGGUGCCGCCCCGAAAAAAUUUGUUGGUUCAGGGCUAGUAGGAAUUAUGUAUGGUGGAUUUAUGUUGUGCACAAAAAAGUAAGUAUCAAGAUUACAUCACUUGUUUGUGUUUCCUUUUCCUCUCCUCUUGCUUACAACGUCCUCUCAUUUUCUCAGCAACUUUCCCAGUGUCAUAUCACGCCAUUUUGUCCAAUUA